GUUGAGCAGGCCAUGGGUUUUGGUGACCGUGGUGGUGGAUUCCGAGGGGGCAGAGGAGGUGAUAGGGGUGGCAGAGGGGGCGGUGACCGUGGAGGGAGAGGAUUUGGGGGCAGAGGCUUCGGGGAUAGAGGAAGAGGAGGAGGUGGACGUGGGGGUUUCAACAAAAGUUUUGACCAGGGUCCCCCAGAACAAGUAGUUGUAAUGGGUAACUUGUCUCACACAUGCGAAGAUGAUCUUGUAUGUAAGGCAACUAAUGAAAAAGUGCCAUAUUUUAAUGCACCAAUAUUCCUGGAAAACAAACAACAGAUUGGCAAAGUGGACGAGAUCUUUGGACAAAUUCAGGACUUUUAUUUCUCCAUAAAACUGUCUGAAAACAUGAAGCCCAGUUCUUUCUCAAAAGAUCAGAAAUUUUAUAUUGACCCAUACAAAUUGUUGCCGCUGGCAAGGUUUUUAGAACAACCAAAAGGUCGUGGUGGAGGAAGGGGCCGUGGUGGUGAUAGGGGUGGUGGCAGAGGAUUCGGCCGUGGUGGGGGUGGUCGUGGUGGGUUUGGCGGCCGAGGGGGUGGCAGAGGUGGAUUUGGGGACCGCGGGGGUGGCAGAGGUGGUGGUUUCCGUGGCCGAGGAGGCGGUGGUGGAUUCCGGGGUGACAGAGGUGGUGGCAGAGGUGGAGGGGGCUUUAAGAGGUUUUGAACAGUUCAAACUAUUUGGUUAGGUAAACAAUUGAGCUGAACUCUUUUUAAACACAUGACUGUGUUUGCUGAGGCUUGAAAAUUUAGUACAGUGAACGCACCACAUGGAUUUUGAUGUAUUGAAUGAAGCAAACUGGGGCAGUAAUUAUGAACAUGGGAAAACUGACCAGAUAUUGCAAAUGGUUUUAUGGAGGUCUAUAUUAUGCUUCAUGUUUUCCCAUAUUAGGAGAAAUAGAUCCAAAUAUCAGUUUUAUGUGUAGUAUACUUAAUUCUAGGAUAUACUGUAUAAAAUUGCUUGACAAUUAAAAUGUUCAGUUUCUAAUUACCUUGUACCUGGUAUUUGUUAAUACUUAAAAAUGUAAAACAGUUGGGUUUUACAAUAUGAACUUAAAUGAUUAUUCUUGAUGUCUUUUAUAUGUUAGUUGUGUUUCAUAUGAAGCUCUACAGGUCGAUUUGUUAUUGUUUUGAGAAAAGCUAGUUUUCCAAUUUUUUUAUGGUUAAAGAUCUAAAGAAAAUGAUGAAAAAUCAUUGUUCAGGUGUAAAUGCAACUUAAAAAAAAUAUAUUGAAAAUAAACUAAUGUAACAUAA